AUGGAAAUACUGUCCGAUACCCAUGACUCUAAGGUGGCUGGUCAUUUUGGCCAAUUUAAGACACUAGAGCGGGUGAAAAAUAACUUCUUUUGGCCCAACAUGGAUAAGGAUGUUGAGGAAUAUGUCCGGAGCUGUGACAGCUGCCAGAGGAAUAAGACCUCAAGACACAAGAAGUUUGGUAUGCUCCAACCGUUGGAGAUACCCUAUCGGCCAUGGACUUCCAUCUCUAUGGACUUCAUUGUGGGACUACCGGAAUCUAGUGGGUUUACAAAGAUCUGGGUAAUAGUGGACCGCUUUUCGAAGAUGGCACACUACAUCCCUCUUCCUACCCUCAAUAAAACGGAAGAUUUGGCUAAAUUGUUCUUGAAGGAAGUUUGGAGACUCCAUGGUUUGCCUGAUGACAUAGUCUCGGACAGAGAUAGCAGGUUCAUUUCUCACUUUUGGCAAUCUCUCAUGAGCCUCCUCAAUGUGAAGCUGAAGAUGUCCACAUCUUUCCACCCCCAGACGGACGGUCAAACAGAAAGAGUUAAUCAGACCCUGGAACAUUACUUGCGGAGUUAUUGUUCAUAUCAACAGGAUGACUGGGCAGAACUCUUGCCUUUGGCAGAGUAUGCUUAUAACUCGGCGGUCUCUGAGUCUACCAAAGUAUCGGCUUUUUAUGCCAACUAUGGAUAUGAACCCAGGACCAACUGGCCGGCCCCAAAGGAAGGAGUAGAAUGGAACAAUCCAGCAAGUGAGGUCAUGAUUUCUCAAUGGGAAUCUAUCUGGCAGGCUAUGAACGCCAGCUUGGGUAAAGCUAGAUUAAGGAUGGCCCGGUGGUGUAACGGAGCCAUUUCAACUGUCUGGUGUAUGAGUACACACAGGGCCCGAUUACAUGCUGAGAGUUAUUGUUAG